AUGCAUUUGCCUACUUUGCAGUUAAUGGGCAAACUCAAUGUAAAUCAAAACUCAUUUCAUCAAUGUAAUUCUAUAGGUUUAGAAAAAUUUGAAUUCAAAGAUAAAGAUGGCUUCUGCAGAAGUAAUCAAAUAGAAUUAAAAAAUAUUAUAGGAUGCUCUGGAAGUUAGUAUGGAUGCUAGUAAUGCGUAGCAAAAGAAGUUGGAGGGCUUUAAUUUCUUGAGUGCUUGAGAUGCGAAGAAAACUUCUACUUGCUAAAGAAUAGUACAGGGAUUGUAUCAAGCUAGUAUCCUGAGCAUUUUACAUUUUGUGUUCCGGAUUGUCCACUAGCUGGCUAUUAGUAUAUAAAUGAUCCAGUAACAGGAACUUGCUUAUCUUGUGGCGACAAUUGCAAGUCUUGCAACCUCAAUACUGGCUGUGAAAUUUGUGAACCAGAAAGUAAAGGCAUAGGUUGGAUUAAUGCGAUUUCUACCUCAAUGGGAUAUGAGUUCAAGAUCUGCUAGCCCUGUUCAAAUAACGAUUGGUGUAAUUAAUGCUCUAGAAUCAACACUUCUGAUUGUAAUCAAUGUCUCACUCAGUAUUAAGAUAAGAGCACACCAAUGAAUGACUUAGAUUACUCUUGCAGACCCAUUACACCCUUAAGAUUAUUUGACAAUUGUGCUCAAGCUUUAUUGUCUGAUACAUCAAAAUUAAAUGCCAGCAAAAUAAUUGCUGAAAUUGCGAUGCUUUGGAUGACGUUUGUGAGAUAUGUGAAGAUUCAUACUUUCACUUUGAUUCUAAAUGCUUAGAUCGAUUCAAAUAGUACAAUGAAUUACUUUCCUCAAUGCGGAAAUUGUAUUACUACUAACGGUAAAAUUUAUGCUUAAAAUUGCACUGCAUGCCUAAAUGGCUACUUACAUGAUUUAAAUUGUGUUUCAAAAUGUCCCACUGGCUAUUAUGGAAUGGCAUUAUAUGGAAUUCGAGAUUGUACUUCAUCAUGCCAAGAAUGUAUAGAUGGAACACUCGAUGGAUGUACUUAAUGCAAGAUUGGAUUUUAUCUUGAUAAGACUGAAAGAUCAGUAUCAUAUGGAUUUUGCCGAGAGAAAUCAGAAAAAACUGGAAUUGGAAUUUUUAGUAUUUUUGUUGAUGCUCCUACUUCUAAUCUCUUCGAUGCUGAGUCGUAAGAUGGUUCAUACAGCAAUCCGUUUUAUGACAUUAGAGAUGCUCUAACAAGGAGUUAUGAAAUGUGUGCUAUUUACUAUUAAUGCGAGGUUUAAAUAAAAUUGAUGAAGGGCACUCAUUAUUUAUUUAGACAGCAUCAAAGAAGAUACAUGCCUCUAAAGUAUGAUGAUAGAUCCUAGAAUAUAAAUAUGACUAUAACUCCAAUGUACUGUAAUCAAGAUAUUAAAUGUGUAGCAGUUGGAUAAAAAGUAACUAUUAUCAACAAAAUCAGGGAAAGAUUUACUCUCAAAGUUGGUCGAGGACUUUUAUUGCAAAAUAUUAUUAUCAAUAGUCUAGAUUCAGUUAUUCUUCAGAGUAGUGCGAUGUUCCUGAUGGUGGAUAUUUUAUCAAGUUUGAUAUAUCAACAAGUACAUUAUUAUAACAAUCUCCUUACCUUGUGA